AUGAAUAAAAACAAACAAUCUUUUUUUCUUCCUCGUGUCAAACAAAAUAAUCAAACUUAUGAAUAUUUAGGUUCAGAUGGUCAACCACUUGAAUCUAGGUACAAUGCUUACAAAGACAAAUGUGCUGAAUUUAAAAUGAAAGCGAUUAGAUAUAAAAAAGAAAAUAUAAAUUUAAAAACUUCUUUAGUACAUCACACUGUAAUCGGUUUUGAAAAUUCCGAUAAAAUCGAAGAAGAUAUAAUUAAUGAAAGAAAUGAACAUUUGGAAUUUUAUAAAAAAAUUUAUAAUGUAACAAAUUUUAAUCAGCCCUCAGAGUGCAUGUAUGAAAAUUCAGAUGGUUUGAAUAAAAGAAUAAGAAUCAUAAGAGAAUUAAAUGAACCUCUACCAUCACAAACGUUUUCUGAUAACUUUGAUAAAAAAACUCAUUUAUGGUUUACAAGGUAUUGCAGCCUUGCAAGAUUUAUACAAGCUGCUAGAAUGAUUAUUAUUUUAAACAGAUUAAAAAAGAAUUUAAAUAUUCUUAGACAUUUAAAACCGGGAGAUAUAGCUAAAUAUGAAUUAUAA